CACGAAUGGAAAAUUAUUAUAAUCAUAGACAAGCAUUUAUAGAGUCACAAAUUCGUUUGCUUGAACAAGAAUUCAUCACCCCUUCAGAAGCUUGGAUAUCAAAAGUUACCAAAUCACCAACGGAAGAACGAAUUCCCUUGGCUACUGUUGACACUGUUUUAAGCAAAUUGAAUCAGAGCAAUAGAAAACAUCAUGUGCAAAUAUUCAAUCGUCAAUCGAUACGUCAAAUACUCGAACAACUACAAUUUAUCUAUGAGCAAAAAUGUAAAGACGCUUUAGAAGGGCACAUCAGCGUUGAGAAAAAAGAUUAUAACAAUAUCAAGUGGAUUGAAUCAUUCCCCGAAGAAUGGCCACAACUUGGAAAUUUGGAUUACGAUCAAGAAGAUCUAGACAAAUAUGCUGAUUUGCGAACACGUGUAUACAAAAUUCAACAAAAUUAUAUUAUAAUGAAGGAGAAAUGUGAAUAUUAUAAGAAUCUUCGCGAUAAUCUGACGCCAUUAAAUAAGUCAACUAUACAACAAAAUUUAGUUGCCAAAAAUGCGCCUAUUGUCAAUGAAAUUAACAAAAUGAGGAUAUUAUUACCAAAAUUAUUAAGUACAUUACAAAGAAAGUCGGAGUUUCUCAGUAGCAAACUUGAUAAGAAUUUACAAUCUGAAAGUCAAGACAAUGAAAACUCUCAAAACUUUAGAAAUACACUUGAUAUUGUCAAAGGUAUGUUCAAAACUGAAGAGUAA